UUUUAAUAGAUAGUAUUAUUGUGUAGAUGUUUUUUGUUAAUCAAUAUUUUCCUUUUAUUAACAAUGUUUAGUAUUUGCCUCCCUCGACCACCCGUUCUAUAGUUUUCCGCCCGCCAUUCCCCCACCGUCAAGUCAGUCAACCGACCGGACCCGACCAACCGAACAGUUCUGUUGCGGCAGGUUACGCAGUUAGAUCGUGUAUGACAUAAACUUAGCGUUAUGAAUAAUUCUUUUGUGUAUCUAAAUGAAUUCCUAAAUCUUAAAAUACCAUAAGUGACGUUUAAUUUUAUUGAGAAGUGAGAUUCCUGUGACGUAGGUUAAGAAUACUACGAUUUUAAGUAAAAUAGAGGCACUCUGUGUGAGUGUGUGAUGGGUGUGCAAUGAGCGGCCUGAUGAAGCGCUCGGGCGGCCGCGCCGGCCCCGAUGAGCCUGCGCCUACGCAUCCAGCCCAGCACUCUGCCUCACACGCCUCUCCCCAUUCCGCUCCUCACUCCGCCUCGCACUCUGCUGCACAGGUGCAACAGGCAGCCACCACUAUGCACUCCCUGGCGCAAGCGGCAGCGCAGCCGCAGAUCAUCGGUGUGUCGUCCUCUGGUGGGGUGGGCGUGGGCGUGGGCGGCAUGGUGCCGGUGGGCGGGGGCUUCGCGCGCGCCUCGCGCCCCGCCGCUCCCGUCAUCAACUACCACCUGAAGGCGGGAGUGCAGUACGGCGCGCACAAGCCGCCCGCGCAGCAGCCGCCGCAACCCCCGCAGCCCCCGCGCCUCCGGGUAGCGCACGCGCCGACGCCGCUGGGGCGGCAGUCGCCGGGUGCGUCGGGCGGCGUGGGGGGCGGCGUGGCGGGCGUGGCGCCGGGCGGUGCGGUGGGAGGGCCGGGGGGUGCGCCGGGGGGCGGGGUCGGGGGCGCGCCCGGCGCACAGUUCCAGCGACUGAAGGUGGAGGACGCGCUGUCGUACCUGGACCAGGUCAAGUUCAAGUUCAGCACACAACCGCAGGUGUACAACGACUUCCUCGACAUAAUGAAGGAAUUUAAGAGUCAGACCAUCGACACGCCCGGCGUCAUCAAGCGCGUCUCCAACCUGUUCAAGGGCCACCCAGAGCUGAUCGUCGGCUUCAACACCUUCCUGCCUCCCGGGUACAAGAUAGAGGUGCAGAGCAACGGACAGGUGUCGGUGUCGAUGCCGUCGCCGACGGGUCUGGGCGGCGUGGGCGUGGGCGUCGGUGUGGGCAGCGUGGGCGGCGUGAGCGUGGCCAGCGUGAGCGGCGUGGGCAUGGGCGGCGGGAUGAUGCUGGGCGUGACGCACUCGUCGCAGCCGCAGCUGCUGCACCUGCUGCCGGUGCAAGCGCCGGUGGGCGGCGCCAUCGUGCACAACAUGACGGUGAGCGCGCCCUCCGCCAACGCGCUGCACCACAUCUCGCAGGCGCACCAGCAGAUCGAGGCCGCCUCCAUACAUCACAACCAAGGGAGCGGCGGAGGCGCGCACGCCGCAGCGGCCGGACAGCCCGUCGAGUUCAACCAUGCCAUUGAGUACGUCAACAAGAUCAAGUCCCGAUUCUCGAGGCAGCCGGACAAGUACAAGCGGUUCCUGGAGAUCCUGCACGCGUACCAGCGCGGCCACCGGGACGUGAAGGAGCCGCAGGCUCGCCAGCAGACCGAGCAGGAGGUGUACUCGCAGGUAGCGAAGCUGUUUGAAAACCAGGAGGACCUGCUGGCAGAGUUCGGGCAAUUCCUGCCGGAUGCCAAGGCGGUGACGAAGCCCGCGCAAUACGCGCUGCAAACCGCGCACGCACCGCACGCCGCACACGCCCGCUCGCCCCUCUCACCGCCGCCGCCGCCGCCGCACGCCGCACAGAUGGAUGGAGAGCGAUUUGCGGCGACGUCACCGCAGCCCGGCGCACCUCACACCUCACCCGCACACCCUGCGCACACACUCGCGCACGCAACGCUGCCCGCGCACGCGCCGCAUCCCGCGCACCCCGCGCACCCCGCACCCUCUGCUCCCGCACUGAAGCACCCGACCUCCGUCAGUGCGCCGGCUCCGCCUCCUCAGCAUCAUCAUUUAAAAAGGUCACCGAGUUUUACUUCCUCAAGUCAAAUCGGAGACGUAGGAAAGUUGAUGAGGGGUACUGAGGCUGGCACACCCGCAGGGUCGGGCGCGCCGCCCAGCAAGAAGCCGCGCUGCAGCUCGGGCACGCCGCCGGGUGCGCCGGGUGCUGGGGGUGCUGGAGGCGUGCCGGCGCUGCGCGACGUCUCCUACGCGGAGGCGGCCAAGCUGGCCACCGCGCAGGACUACAGCUUCUUCGACCGCGCGCGCAAGGCGCUCCGCUCGCAGCAGGUCUACGACAACUUCCUCAGAUGCCUGCUGCUGUUCACGAACGAGAUAAUAUCGUCGUCGGAGCUGGUGUCUGUGACGGGGCCCUUCCUGUGCCGGCACCCCGAGCUGCAGAAGUGGCUGCAAGACUUCGUGGGCCCGGCCUCGCCCUCGCCGCCGCACACGCCCACCGCGCCCGCGCCCACCCCGCUGCACGCCCACGCCCACGCCCACGCCCCGUACGCGGCGGGGGGUGGGGUGGGGGGCCCGCCGCUACUGGGGUACGCGCGCGACCGUCUCGGUGACGGCAAGCUGCGCUACGAGCCGCCGCAGCUGCGCAACGAGCGGGCGCAGGGCGACGCCGCCAUGGAUAUAGACUUGACGACGUGCAAGCGGCUGGGCACGUCGUACUGCGCGCUGCCGCGGGACGCCGCCGCGCGCCGCUGCUCCGGCCGCACGCCGCUCUGCAAGGAGGUGCUCAACGACACCUGGGUGUCCAUACCGACGUGGAGCGAGGACUCGACCUUCGUCACCUCCCGCAAGACGCAGUACGAAGAGUACAUAUACAGAUGCGAGGACGAGCGCUUCGAGCUGGACGUGGUGAUCGAGACGAACGCGGCCACCAUCCGCGUGCUGGAGGGCGUGCAGAAGAAGAUGUCGCGCAUGGCGCCCGAGGACGCCGCCAAGUACCGCCUGGACGACUGCCUCGGCGGUCACUCGCCCACCAUACACCAGCGUGCGCUGCGCCGCAUUUACGGUGAUAAGGUGGCGGUGGACAUCAUCGCCGGUCUCAAGAAGAACCCCGUGGUGGCGGUGCCUGUAGUGCUGCGCCGACUCAAGGCCAAAGAGGAGGAGUGGCGCGAGGCGCAAAAGGGCUUCAACAAACAGUGGCGCGAGCAGAACGAGAAGUACUAUCUCAAGUCGCUGGACCACCAGGGCAUUAACUUCAAGCAGAACGACCUGAAGGCGAUGCGCUCCAAGUCGCUGUUCAACGAGGUGGAGGCCGCGUACGCCGCGCGCCGGCCCGCGCCGCACCUCGUCGUCGACUACCAGAUGCAGUCGCGACAGGAAGCCAUCAAGAUCCUGCGCGACGCGGCUGAGCUGCUGAUUCAUCACGCGCGCCGGCAGACCGGCAUCCAGAAGGCGGAGAAGCGGCGCAUUAAGCAGCUGCUGCGGCACCUGCUGCCCGACCUGUUCGCGCACCCUCGCCAGCCGCUAUCCGAUGACGAGCGCGACGAUGAGGACAAGGAGGAGGCCGGCAGCCCCGCGCAGCGAGACGACAAGCCCGCCUCCGCCGCGCCCGCACCGCCCGCAGCACCGACCGCGCCGCCCGCACCGCUCGCACCGCUCGCCGGCAAGCCCGACAAGCACGAGUCUUCGGAGUCCGACAACGCUUCCGACAAGAGCAGCAGGAACAACAAGAACGACAAGGAGAACAAACCCAAGAACAACAACAUGGAGAGC